AAUAUAGGGACUUAUCUGCAAAUAACUCAUUCUAACAAAAACCGUCCGUUUGAUUCUUGAACUUGAAGAGAUAGACAUUGAGAGGUGAAACGAGCUGCUCCACUGAACUCCUUUCCAUUUCUCUCUCAGUCUCACACUCAUCCGCAACAAUGGCGGCAGCUCUAAUUUCUUACACACCGUGUAUCUCCACCGCCGCUAGAAUUUCCAGCGUUCCACAGUUCUCAUCAUCCAGUUUGCCUCGAAUUGGAACAACCUUCACUUCCGGUUCACCUCUCAUAAUAUGCAGAAUUCAUCAUCAGAAGGCCAUAGUACCUAAAGCAACACCAUCAUUUUCUGUGAAAUGUGAGCAAAGUAGCAAAGAUGGAAAUGGUUUAGAUGUGUGGCUUGGACGCACAGCAAUGGUGGGAUUUGCAGUUGCAAUUACUGUUGAAAUUUCAACAGGGAAAGGGCUUCUUGAGAAUUUUGGGCUCUCAUCACCUUUGCCAACAGUGGCAUUAGCAGUGACUGCACUUGUGGGAGUUCUCACAGCAAUUUUCAUCUUCCAAUCUGCCUCUGAUAAUUAA